AUGGAGAGCAGGAAUGACAUGCACCCACCACCUAAGCACUGGUUCUUGUUUCCAGGGACCACAGGAGUAUCGGCAGGCUCCACCACUGCCAGCUCUGGAGACUCUGCUAGACCUUCCUCCACCUCUGCUAGCAGUAAAUCGGGAACAGGAGGCCCAAGUUCAACAACCCCCAGUGUGGAGAAGGGCAGCACACCCAGGGAACCCAGCACUGGAGCUACCAGCCAGGAGAACUCAGGUACAACAGGAGAGUCCUUGAGAUCAACCUCAGGAGCAGGCAGUGCAAGUACACCUGCAACUUCAGGAACUGGGGCCACCAGCACUGGAAGCCCAGCAGCAACAAGAGGAGCAACUGACAAAGCCACCACUGUCUCUGCUGGUGACAACACAUCUGGAAGGACAGGCACACCUGCGACAUCAUCAGGAGCUACCCCUGAAGCUAGAGAUGGCAGCACCCCUGAAGGAGCAGCCACUGGAACCACUGUUUCAGGGACCACAGGAGAGUCUGCAGGCUCCACUACUGUCAGCUCUGGAGACUCUGCUAGACCUUCCUCCACCUCUGCUAGCAGUAAAUCAGGAACAGGAGGCGCAAGUACAACAACCCCCAGUAGGGAGGAGGGCAGCACACCCAGGGAACCCAGCACUGACGCUACCAGCCGAGAAAACUCGGGUACAACAGGAGAGUCCUUGAGAUCAACCUCAGGAGCAGGCAGCGCAAGCACACCUGAACCAUCAGGCACUGGGGCCACCAGCACUGGAAGCCCAGCAGCAACAAGAGGAGCGACUGACACAGCCACCACUGUCUCUGCUGGUGAAAACACAUCUGGAAGGACAGGUACACCUGCGGCAUCAUCGGGAGCUACCCCUGGAGGAGCAGCCACUGGAACCAGUGUUUCAGGGACCACAGGAGUGUCUGCAGGCUCCACUACUGAGGGCUCUGGAGGCUUUGCUAGUCCUUCCUCAACCUCUCCUAGCAGUAAAUCAGGUAUGUACUCGGAGAAUUCCAUGAAUGUGCAGGUAUAA